GUGUAAACAGUUACAGCGACUGCAGGCGGUCGGACCGCGCAGAUUUCCUUUUACUAAUUCAGUAACUCUGAAUGGGAAAGCUUGCAUGAUAUUCCCGCUGCUGACUCCGAAGCCUAGCACGGUAGAGUCCGGAAGAAAAGCCAGUGCGGCGGUUUCGUUGUAAAGAGGACGGAGGCAGCUCACCAGCGCUCGUCGGCGACCAUGGCAGCAGCGACCGUUGUGGAGGCUGAUCCGGCGGCGAGCGAAGGCGGCGCCGCUUUCUCCGGCGUGCAGAACCGGGGCUGGGAUGAGUCUCAGCUCCGAAAAUACUCUUUCCCAACCAAACCCAUUCCCAGGCUGUCUCACACGGACCCCAGAGCGGAGAUGCUCAUUAAUAACGAGGAACCGGUGGUUUUAACAGAUACAAACCUUGUAUAUCCAGCUCUCAAAUGGGACAUUGCGUACCUCCAGGAGAACAUUGGAAAUGGAGACUUCUCUGUUUACAUCGCAGAAAACCACAAAUUCCUCUACUAUGAUGAGAAAAAAAUGUCUAACUUUGAGAACUUUGUCCCCAAGUCACGACGAAUGGAGAUGAAAUUCUCAGAAUUUGUGGAGAAAAUGCAAGAAACGGAGCAAAUGGGAGGAGAGGAGAGAGUUUAUCUGCAGCAGACCCUGAAUGACACAGUAGGGAAGAAGAUUGUUGUUGACUUCCUUGGUUUCAACUGGAACUGGAUCAACAAGCAGCAAGCCAAGAGAAACUGGGGACAACUGACAUCUAACCUGCUGCUCAUAGGCAUGGAGGGCAAUGUGACACCAGCACAUUACGACGAGCAGCAGAACUUCUUUGCACAGAUCAAAGGACACAAGAGAUGCAUCCUCUUCCCUCCAGACCAGUUUGAGUGUCUCUAUCCAUACCCUGUGCAUCACCCCUGUGACAGACAGAGCCAAGUGGACUUUGAUAACCCUGACUAUGGGAGGUUUCCCAAUUUUAAAAAUGUUGUUGGCUAUGAGGCUGUUGUGGGCCCAGGAGAUGUGCUCUACAUCCCUAUGUAUUGGUGGCAUCACAUUGAAUCACUGUUGAAUGGUGGAGUGACAAUCACUGUAAACUUCUGGUACAAAGGCGCCCCCACGCCCAAGAGGAUAGAAUACCCUCUGCGAGCUCAUCAAAAGGUGGCCAUCAUGAGAAAUAUUGAAAAGAUGCUGGGAGAAGCACUUGGAGACCCACAUGAAGUUGGACCUUUACUGAAAAUGAUGAUCAAGGGGCGUUAUGACCAGGAUCUCAGUUAGAGCCCCACCCUUAAAACUGUUGAGACUGCUUCGGAAAUGGUUUGCGCGUGAAAGUGAGACUGCUGCGUGUGUAAUGCGCGUUCUGACUUUGGAGCUACGUAUCACUGCAUGGCAAUAAGCAGCCAUCUUGAAACCAUUCUGCUUCAGUCGUCUCCGUGUGCCAUUGUCAUUGCGAAUUUGACAAUUACAGAAGAAACAUCUGAGUAACUCAUGGGAAUUUGCCCUACUUGAAGAGGUCCUUUUUUUUAAAUUUUCUUUUGGCUCCAGUCUAGAUACAUAUGUGAUUCAGAGUUCUGUCAAUAGUCUCAUAAUUCAAGGUGAUUGUUAUUUGAUUGUAUUUGCUCACCCAGUCAGUAAACAUUGUGUGAGAUCGGUACCUUUGGAACAACCUCAAUAUUUUGACCACUAAUGGAAGAAUCAAGGGGUGUAACAUAUACAGUAGACAUCAGUUAAAUAUAGAGGCAUUUCUUAUAUACAUGUAAAAACACAGCUGUGGCUUGACUACUAAAUGUGGAAUGACCAUAUUGUAUUCUCUGUCUUUAUCUCAAAGACAGCUUUACAACUGAUUUGAUUCACACCUGUAAAGAUAGCAGGUCCUUUUAAGUGUCUUUGGAAUAUUUAUCUGUGUAAUUCACAUUACCUCUGCACCUACUAAUGACAUGGUUUUGGGGAGUGAUCAUCUAAAAUUUUCUGUUGCAAAGAAGACAGCAUAGGAUCACAGUAAAAAAAAAAAGAUAGAUGAUACAGUGAUUAAAAAGUGAUGAAAUAGAAUCAAAAAUAUGUGUGGGUGUGCAAAAGGCGGGCUCAUGUAUUCAGCUGAAGGAGUAUGUGACAGUUUGCGGCUAAAUUAUUUUAGCAGAGGGAUUGCUUUGUGUUUUAUUUAUGCUCUUGCUUGUUUGAUUUAUAUUUCAAGGACUUUAUUGGAUGUGUUAUCCUGCAUACCAGUAACAGGUCAGGGAGUGCUGAAAAUGAAUUACAUAGUGCAAUUUUAGUUGCAGAUAAAGUUAACUUUAAGAAUCAAAAGGAAAUAGUUGCUGUUGUUGAGGAAACAUUUCAGAGUAAUUACAGAUGAUGUUUACUUGGGAAUAUCACGGUUCAAAGUGAACGGCUUAAGUGAUAGGUUUAUGUUAAAAUGUUAUUAACUGAUUGAAACAGCAGGACCAUCUGCUGGAAUGUAGCUUUUGUAUCAGCCAUUGCAGUGCGACAUACUGCUCCAUCUAGUGUUCACCUUUGCAGUUGCAUGUUAAGCUUGACGUAUCUGAUCCAUGCACUAUACUUUUACAAUACAAAAAUAUGUUGUAUCAAAUGCUGCAGAUCUGAGAUUAAAUUAGGCUGCAGUGUGUACAAAAGCCUAAUUCCAGUUGAAAACCUGUACUCGCUCUAAUGAUUACUAUAGGCUAACAAUCCUCAGAAAUGCGCUUGUUUUUACUUUCACAGCCAUAUUUUGAAGACCUUGAAGUGAGAGUAACUUGAAAGACAGCUGUUGUUGUGCAAGUUGAGAGUGCUCUCUCAACGUGUUGUAAAAAAUGUACAUUAAACAAAAGGGGAAGAUAAUUUCAUAUCUUGUGCUGUAUGUGGCAAACCGACAUACAAACCAGUAGAUGGGUAUCUUCAUCUUUGUCUUGUUUGUGCACUAUAAAGCAGGAACAUCUGAGCACUUAAUUCACCAGGAAUACACAGGCUGCAAAGAAUGUGCACCUGUAUUUCUUACAAACGUCACGAUGAUUGAACAGUGCUACUUCCUCUGUAAAAGAAUUAACCUUACGUAAAACUGAUGUUUCAUCUCUCUUCUAUUGCUAGAUUAACCCUGUUUACUGUAUGUGCCUUGCUUGACAUGGGUAUGGCACUAAAUGUUGCAAGAACUUAAUUUUUUUUUUACUUUUAUUGUGUGGUCAAAAUUUUUGUUUUCACUCUGGCAUUAAACAGCUUUAAGGGUGAGAGUGACGAGGGUUCAUAGAGCUAGAGGCAUGUGUUUAUUAAUGGAUGCCGGAUUUCUGUUUUGAACAUACAGAAUGUGCUCACCCUGUUCCUCUGAUUAAAGUUUGUUUGCGAAGUUCUA